AUGGUCUACGGCAAACUUGAUCUCACCUGCAGAAUACAAGACAGGAUGCUGUUUAUUGUCUACAGCUCAGCAUUUGACACGAUCCUGACCAAUGAGCUCCAGAACCUAGGCCUCUUCAACAGGAUCCUUGACUUCCACAAGCAUGUGAAAGAGGCCACAUUGAAUGCAGAAGUCCAGAUUGGAGGAGGUCCGGGUGAACACCUGCCUCACCCGGAGAGCUGUUUAGGUCCCUGGAUGGAGUUGAUUAGAAUGUUCCACCAGGCUCCUCUCCACUGGACCUGGCUGGUUGUUCUGCUCGGCCUUCUCGCUGGGAUAGCCUGCCCAGCUCCAAUAGCAACGAAAGCAAGAGGGAGCUUGGAAGGGAGAUGGGAGACUCUCCUUUCCAGAUCCUUGCAUCCGAUCUCUGGGAGGAAAUUAGACCUCGGCUGGGACAGGGACUAUUUCACAGGAAUCAAGAGAGUGAGGAGGCUUUAUUGCAAUGUUGGCAUCGGGUUUCAUCUUCAAAUCACGACAGAUGGACAAAUUAGUGGAGCACACCCUGAAAACCAGUACAGUCUUUUAAUGAUUUCUACAGUAGAGUUGGGAGUGGUCAGUUUGUAUGGUAUAAAGACCCAUGCCUUCAUUGCAAUGAAUAACAAAGGUCGACUGUAUGCAGCGGCGGACUUCAAUAACGAGUGUGAAUUCAAAGAAAGGCUCUUGCCUAAUCGCUACAACGUGUAUGAAUCGAAGGCCUACCCGGGGAUGUACAUAGCACUGAGUAAGCACGGUAGAGCGAAAAGAGGAAGCAAGGUUUCGCCCACCUUGAGAGUUACACAUUUUUUGCCGAGGCUGUAA